CGCCAUCCCGUCGAGGUGGAGGGAAGCGAGGAAGGAAAGGAGGGUCGAGGAGGCGAAAACCAGCGAUUAUUCCUCCAUUUUCUCUCCACCGACGCCAUGAGUUAGUGGAGCGGCAUGCAAAACACCACUGACCACCCAAAGCUGGUGAUGUCGGGUACGCCGCCUGCAGUAGCGGGGGGCGGAGGAGGAGGAGGAGGCGGCAGCAGUGGAGGUGGAGGUGGAGGAGGCACAGGAGGAGGAGGAGGAGGGGGGGUGAGCGGCACGGGGGGCGGAACGGGGGGAGCGGCGGCGGUGGGCCCAGGGGGAGCUGACCACUUCUGUCUGCGAUGGAACAACUACCAAACCAACAUGACCUCCGUGUUCGACCAGCUGCUGCAGGAAGAGGUGUUCGUGGACGUAACGCUAUCGUGCGAGGGCGGUCAGCAGCUACGCGCACACAAGGUCGUGCUGGCGGCGUGCAGUCCGUACUUCCAGGCCGUGCUGCAGAACAACCCGUGCAAACACCCCAUCGUUAUCCUGCCCCGGGACGUCGCCUUCGCUGACCUCCGCGCGAUCAUCGAGUUCGUGUACCGCGGGGAGAUCGACGUGGCUCAGGAACAGAUCAACUCACUCCUUGCCGCCGCGGACACACUUAAAAUUAAAGGCCUAUGCGAGGUGGGGGAGGACCCGACCCAUGUCCCCCCAGGGUUCACGGCCACGCCCUCCGCCAGACAUUCCAGCUCGGGGCACUCCACACGGGGACGCCCUCCGCUCUCCCGUGGCAGGUUUAAUACGUCCUAUCGUCCCCGGGGUAGGCCGCCGCUCUAUGGCCGACAUCGCUACGAGAGGCACGCUAGCUCCAGUACGCCCACCAGGAGGCUUGACCACCAUGACACGAGUUCCAGCAAGAGAAUAAAAUUGGAAACGGGCGAGGAUGACGGUCACGGGGUUGGCGAUGAUACGGAGGGCGCACAGCAGCAACGCGCACCUCACCCUCAUUACAUACACAACGGUGGUGCGCCGCCCCCCAAUCUGUCCCACGCCCCCCCCGCGGCCCACGGUCACCACGGACACCAGGCUCUUCACCCCCCCACGCACGGGCCGCCCCCCCUGCCGGAGUUGGGGCCGUCCGUGGGCCUGCCGCAGCCAGACGCCUCCCUGCCGCCGCACGUGCUCCCUGGGCUGUCUCCGGGGGACGAGGGGGCCGGCACGUCCCACGCCGGGGACUACAACGCUGGGUACGCCGCAUACACCAAAACAGAAGGCGACGGUCAGCACAUGGGGUCAGAUGCGACAGACUCCAGCGGCCAGAGGAUGACAGUGACCCCGGAGCUGCUGGGUCUGAUGCCUUCCAAUACGACCUCCCAUUACUCGUCGGACACUGAGAGCUUGUCCGGUGCCACGGGCGGGCGCAAACUUUGGACGGAUGAUGACAUGGACAAGGCUCUGGACGCCCUCAGGAAUGCCGCCAUGUCCCUCAGCAAGGCCGCCCACGUGUAUGGCAUCCCGGCGACUACCCUGUGGCAACGCGCCCACCGCCUGGGUAUCGAGACGCCCAAAAAGGAGGGGCCGAACAAGACCUGGAGUGAACAUGACCUCACUGGGGCACUGGAGGAGCUGAGGAGUGGGCGCAUGAGUGCUAAUAGGGCAUCUAAGGAGUUCGGAAUCCCAAACUCCACCCUCUACAAAAUCGCCCGCAAGGAAGGCAUCAAGCUAUCCUCGCCCUUCUCCGCCAUCCAACCCUCCUGGAACCCGGACGACCUUAACAAAGCCCUCGACGCCAUCCGCGGGGGCAUGAGCGUCCAGAAGGCGGCGCAAGAGUACGGCAUUCCCACCGGCACGCUGUACGGCCGCUGCAGGAGGGAGGGGAUCGAACUGAGCAAGUACCAGGGCGUGCCGUGGUCGGGGGAGGACAUGAAGGACGCCCUGGAGGCCGUGCGCGUGGGCGAGAUGUCCAUCAACCAGGCGGCCAUCCACUUCAACCUUCCGUACUCGUCGCUGUACGGACGGUUCAAGCGCGGCAAGUACGAGGACGGUCUGCCCCACCAGGACUUCCUGCACCAGGAGAUGACCAUCGAGCACUACCCCGCCGACCCCCAGGCCGGGGCGGGGGGGGGCGCCGCGCCGCCGCCGCCCGCCAUCCAGGGGGGGCCCCAGCAGCAGCAGCAGCAGCACACGCCGCCGCCCACCAGCCAGCAGGGUCCGCCGCCCCCCGCCCAAGGGCAGGCGGGCCCCCAGCAGCAGCUGACGCCGGGGCCGCCCACCGACCACUAUUGACUAGAUGAAGGGAACACCGGCCGCCACAGCGCCGACGGGGCCGCCGCCGCCGCCACCUCCACGGCGGAGGCGCGCCGCCCCUCGGAGCCCGAACAGAAGCAGCCGACGCCACAGCCGCCGCCGGCCGACCUGGCGCGCCCGCAGGCCUCAGAGCCGCCGCCGCCCACCUCCACCCUGGGCGCCAGCGGCAGCGACUACGGCGAGAGCGGCGGGCCGCCCACGCCCGUCGUCUUCACCGGCAGCGACGCGCCGCUCUACUCCGCCGCGGCCGCCGCCGCUGCCGCAGCCGCCGCCGCCGAGCACCACCCGGCGCUGUACUCCCCGCCGGCGUCGCUGGCAGGGCAGGAGUCGCUGUACCCGGCGGCGGCGUCGCUGGCGCAGCCACACCCGCAGGUCUACCCGCACUACUACCCGCUGCCGGAGUACGCCGGCCUUCGCCCCGAGUACCGCUACCAGCCGUACCCGCCGCCCAGGCCAGACGACCCCGCGCGGCCCGUGCAGUACCCGCACCACUACCCGCCCUACCACUUCUGACGCUGUGGCCGCCGGUGUUCCCGCAGACCCGCCUCCCGCACCGCCCCGUGACCCAUCCAACCCCCGCGGGCACCAACAACAACUACUUGUACUCAACAACAACAACAACUACCACUCAUACAACAACAACCACUUCACCGCGACAAGAAGCAACCAACGUCCCCGCGACGCGACGCCAGCCUCGGCACCGCCAGCACCGCGCCGCCCCGCCAGGCACCACGGAGAGGAGGAGGAGGAGGAGGAGCAAGACACGAGUGCCGCCGGCCGGGCCACGCCUGACACUGUGUGGCCCGGCCCGGCGCGGGGCGUGAUCACACGACGAAGGCGAUGCUGGGGCUGACGCUGCCGCCCGGACCAGGCGUGAAGCAGCGCCGCCCACCCAGGCCGCGCUGACGUGACGUGAAGGAGUGAAGCAGCAGCAGCAGCAGCAGCCUGCCGCUGCCUGAAGCAGCAGUGGCGCCGCGCCGCGCCCUGCUGAGCUGAGCCGCUGAGUUGCGAGCUCAGCCUGUAAGAUACGUGCGGCGGCGGCGGCGGCGGGGGCCUCGUGCCCCGCGCCGCGCCGCCGCGCAGAGCAGCACACACAGCAAGCAACCCUCAGGGCCCGCGGCCCCCCGGCGCCCGAUGGAGCAGGGGGCGCCGCACCCUCUGGCAGGACUAGACUAGUUAAAUGCACUAUUUUAAUAUUGGGGGAGGGGCGGGGGGGCGAGGGGCCGCGAGGGGAGCCAGGCCCCCCUCCUGGGCCCCGCCAGACCCCCGGCCCACCCCUCCCCCCCGGCGGCGGGGGCAGUGUUGCCAGCCCCCCGCCGCCCCCCACAGGGGAGUUUUUCAGGUCAGGUGGUAACUUGCUGCCGUCUUAGAUAGUGGACCCUAGUGUGUAGCCUCACUCCCUCCCUCCCUCCAGCUCUGUCUCUCUCUCUCCCUCCCUCCCUGAGGUGGUUUCCCCGUCUGGCUGUCUGUCUGUCUGUCUGUAGUGGUUUGUUGGUGUAUCUGUCUGUCUGUCUGUCUGUCCUCGUGUGUGUGUGUGUGUGCGUGCGUGCGUGUGUGCGUGCGUGUGCGUGUGUGUGUGUGUGUGGUGCCCCCAUACCCUUACACACACAAAUACACACUCACACCACCAGCACAACCACAACCACAUACCACCACCAGCACAACCACAACUAUACAAACAUAACCACACUACAACACUACAACACACACACACACGCACACACACACACACACCACACACACCCUCCCUUCCCCUUAUCUUAAUGUACAAACGGACUGAGUGUGUAUGUAGACACCCGAGAACCGCCGCCGCCUCAUGACGUGUCCGGCGCGUGGGCGAGGCGCGGACAAGGACGAACAAGAAGGCAAAAGGAAACAAACGAACAAGGUCACGUGACUUCAGAACGUAAAUAAGUAAGGUCACGUGACUUUCAGAAACGAGAACGAAAGAGUAUCACGUGACUUUCCUGAAACGUGAAUUAGUAAGGUCACGUGACUCUUGAACGUAAACAAACAAGAUCACAUGACUUUCUUGAACGUAAACAAGAUCACGUGACUUUCAAAACGUAAACAAAACUCACGUUACUUUCUUGAACGUAAACAAACAAGAUCACGUGACUUUCAAGAGUGUAAACCAAACUAUCACGUGACUUUUAACGUAAAUAAACAAGGUCACGUGACUCCUGAAACGUAAAUAAACAUCACGUGACUUUUUCAAUGUAAACAAAGAUCACGUGACUUCUUCUUGAACGUAAACAAACUCGAUCACGUGACUUUCAAGAGUAAACCAAACUAUCACGUGACUUCGAAAUGUAAACAAACAAAAAUAUAUACGUUUUUUUUUAUUUUAACGUAAACAAACAAAUUUAUACGUUUUAUUUUAACGUAAAGAAACAACAACAACAAAAAAACAAUGCCACGUGUUUUUUUAAAGAUAAUUAAAAAAAUAAGAAAGAAAGGAAGAAAAAAAUGGAGAAAAAUAAUGAUUGGAAAGGAGAGAGAGAGAGAGAGAGAGAGAGAGAGAGAGAGAGAGAGAGAGAGAGAGAGAGAGAAAUUAAAGAGAGAAAGAAAUUAAAAAGAGAGAAAGAGAUUAAAGAGAGAGAGAGAGAGAGAAAUUAAAGAGAGAAAGAAAGAAAUGAGAGAGAGAGAGAGAGAGAGAGAGAGAGAGAGAGAGAGAGAGAGAGAGAGAGAGAUUAAACAAAGAGAGAGAAAGAUAUUAAAGAGAGAGAGAGAGAGAGAAAUUAAAGAAAGAAAGAAAGAAAGAGA